AUGUCCUCGGCGCUCAGCAAACGUCAACAGGCGCGCAAUGAGCGCACGCUUCAAGACUUGAUCAAGACCGUACCCGGCAAUGACAGGUGCGCAGACUGCGGCGCUCGGAAUCCAGGAUGGGCAAGCUGGAGUCUCGGUAUCUUCCUCUGCAUGCGCUGCGCGGCACUGCAUCGCAAGCUCGGGACACACGUAUCUAAGGUCAAGUCCUUGAGCAUGGACAGCUGGAAUAAUGAGCAGGUGGAUACCAUGAAGCGCAUGGGCAACGCAGCGUCCAACCGCCUCUUCAACCCUCAGAACGCGAAGCCCGCCAUUCCGAUUGACGUCGAUGAGGUCGAUGGAGCUAUGGAGAGGUACAUCAGACAGAAAUAUGAGCAUCAAGCCUUCAAGGGUGGUGCUGGGCCUGGAGCACGGCAUGAUACUGGAAGCACAAGUUCGGCGGAGGACCGGCCACCACCAUUGCCACCAAAGCCGGGCAAAAGAUUUGGUUUCGGGCUGCGCGCGGCUUCCUCGACGUUCCCUCUUUCCAGACACGAGAAGACGGCCCGGCCUAUUCCUCCUGACCCGGCGGAAUUGGGAGUGGAACAGUCGCCGCCUCGAGUGAACAAACCUUCUCGGGUGUUUGGUGCCAACGUGGGCAACAGCGCGGUUGACUCGGACUCGAAAUUGGCGACACUACGUGAGAUGGGAUUCCCGGACGAGAAACGGAAUUCGACGGUACUCAAAGGCUUGAACGGGAAUCUGGACAAGGCAGUAGAGGCGCUGAUACGGCUUGGAGAGCGCGACAAGAGCCCGUCAAGGGGGCAGGCACCCGCUCCCGUACCCAAGGAUGCCAAUGUGAAUGGUAUAACGAUUGACCGGACGCGACGGGCGCCGACUGUGGGCCAGACGAACAAUCCAUUCGAUCAGUUAGGCGCCCCCGGAGAUCAGCAACAACCACAGGCAGUCUUGUCUACUCAGCGGCCAAUGGCUAGUAAUGCCGUUUACAGCGCUCCCACAUCCCCUACAAACCCGUACAAUCCUUUUCUACCACUUGUACAACCGCCCUCAACAUUUCAAACGCCGCUCGAGCAGUCUUUCCAGACUAUGCAGAUCUCUCAGCAGCCGCAGCAACUGUUUCCCCACUCGACGGGGGGUUACCAAUACCAUGGCCAGCAGCAGCAUAAUCCGUUCUUACAGCCAUUCACGCCUCCGCCGAUGCCAGAGAUACCCUUGCAAUACAGCAAUCAUGCACCUCAAGCCGCGUUUUAUCAGACAGAAGGACAAUACCAGCAACCACAACAAGCGCAGAUACAGUCCAGCAAUCCCUUCCUUCGAACCUCACGGUCCCAGAUCUUUACCUCCACCAACCCGUUCAACAUCCAACAGCCAGCGCCCAAUACGGGCUUUGCGCAAGCACCACAGCAGCCGCAGCAGCAGCAGUACAUGGCACCGAACCAUCACCAGCCACCCCAGCCGACCCAACCCUUCCAACAAGCUCCUCCGCAAGCCUCCUACGCACAACCACAACCCCAACCACAAUUCCAGGACCCCACCCAGCAGCAUCAACAGAACCUCGCCGCCUUCCACCAAAACCACCAGCCUUCCCAAGCGCCACCAACACACGCACCCCAGCGCUUCGACAAGACCUCCAUCCUCGCUCUCUACAACUACCCCCACCUCGCGCCUACACGACCGUCUGAAAGCACCUCAGCCAUAUCCGAAGAUGCCGCUGCGCCCUCGCCCGCUAGGGGCCACGCCAAGCAGCGCAGCGUCACGAUGCCCGUCACAGCUACACCGACAUCAGCGGGCGCUGCGGCGGGAGCGGGGCCGGGGAGUCUGAACCCCUUCGCGUCUGCCGGCGGCGGUGGCGGCGCAGCAGCAGCAGCAGGUGUAAAUGCCGCAUACGCCACGGGCGCGGCGGCGGGUGGUGGUGAUGGUGCAAACGGCGCCAUGGGCGGCAGACACGUCAGUAACGAGAGCGUGGACUUCGCGGGGCUGAUGAAUGGACGACACAGUCCUGAUGCUUUCGCUGGCUUGAGCUCGAGGUUUGUGCGGUGA